GUCGAACUAACGAUUUGGUGUUUUAGAAAAUCUCAGAACCCAUAAGUAGCUGUUAGCUUUUCCUUUUUUAAAAAAAAAAAUAAUUUUUAUUACCCCUCCUACCGUGGUGGCUGUUUGGUUGAGGAGAAAGUGCGGGAAAAGGAAAGAAAAAUUAGCAUAUAUAGUGUAUACAUUUAAGCUAUUAGUGCCCUCAUUUGUUUAUAUUUUUAUUGUUAAAGUUUAUAGCUCAGCUAAACAAUUCUAUUCUCUUGGCCCUAAUUUAUCAAUUAAAUCAAAUUUACAGAUCCUGCUUGUGAAGAAAAAUGUCUGGGCGCGGCAAGGGAGGCAAGGGGCUUGGAAAGGGAGGAGCCAAGCGUCACCGCAAGGUCCUUCGCGAUAAUAUCCAAGGCAUUACAAAGCCAGCAAUUCGCCGUUUGGCUCGCAGAGGUGGUGUGAAGCGUAUCAGUGGUUUAAUCUAUGAGGAGACCCGUGGUGUCCUCAAGAUCUUCCUUGAGAAUGUGAUCAGAGAUGCUGUGACGUACACCGAACACGCUCGCCGUAAGACUGUUACAGCCAUGGAUGUGGUGUAUGCACUGAAGAGACAGGGUAGAACCCUUUAUGGAUUUGGUGGUUAGAGCUUUUGAUUCUGAUUUUAAGUCUUGCUGUCAAGAAAUUGUAUGGUUUUGGAUAGAUGUUUAGAUAGGGAAGUUAUUGUAAGUAAUCUGAUGGGUUUGGCUAAUGGGUAUGCUAGUUUUGCUUAUUGGUGUUUUGGGUUCUUUUUGUAACUAUGGUGAAUUUGUAAUGGAAUGAAAUGAAAUGAAAUGGUGGUGUUUGAUUUAUUGA